GUGUCAAAAAGUCAGGAAACAAAUCGCCGCUGCGAGUCUCAAGAAAAGAUCUCCAUCAUGGCCUACCAGGCUGGGAUUCCAGAGGAGCCCAGCGUUCUGGUUAACAACAUCAGCUCCAACAUCCAUAGGCUGACACUGCUGACCAAUGAGCUGCAGAGGGCUGUGUCUCAACUGGGAACGGAGCAGGACACCAGCCAGCUACGACACUCGUUGCAACAGAAACAGCAGCAAGGCAACCAGCUGGCGAAAGAGACUGACCGACUGAUCAAGGCAUUUAGUGCGCUUCCUGUUAGCAUAGAUCAGCGACAGAGAAAGAUACAAAAGGAGCGCCUGUUAAACGACUUCUCCGCCACCCUGAACAGCUUCCAGACGAUCCAACGCCAGGCAGCUAACAAAGAGAGAGAGUUUGUGGCCCGAGUCAGAGCCAGCUCCAGGGUGUCGGGAGGCCAGCCUGAUGAUAGUUUUGGAAAUACUUCCCCUUCACCAAGUGACUCUCAGCUGCAGGUUCAGGCUGAGGCCAUCACUGAGGAAGACCUGAGGCUGAUCCAGGAGAGAGAGUCGUCCAUCAGGCAGUUGGAGUCUGACAUCACAGAUAUCAAUGACAUCUUCAAGGACCUGGGGAUGAUGGUCCAUGAACAGGGAGACAUGAUAGACAGUAUAGAGGCCAAUGUGGAGAGUGCAGAUAUGAAUGUCCAGAGGGGCACACAGCAGCUGGCUCGUGCUGCAGAUUACCAGCGGAGUUCCCGGAAGAAGAUAUGCAUCCUGGUGAUAGUGUUGGCUGUAGUUGCUGUUGUGGUAGGACUCAUCAUCUGGGGCGCUGUCAAAAAGUGAAGACUAUACCUCUCCUCCCCCUGUCCUGUUGAGUCAUCAGCCUGGACGACAGAUGGAAACAACAUCCUUCCUCGCCUACGCCUCAUUGGAACUGUCUGUCUUUUAUUUGAUUAUAUUUUUAAAAUAUUGUCGUCCAUCCUCAUCGACAGGACUGCACUCUUCACUGUGAAACAAAACUAGCUUCGGUGGCUUGAUUUUGAUAAUGAGUUUUGAUUGAAUGAUUUGUCUGAUUUAGGCAUGAUUUACGUAGAUAGGAAAGGUUUUAGUCGGAGGGAAGAGUAAUCACAGGUGGAGCAUUGUUCAUUGGCAGCCAUUGGUGAGUUAGCGUAAUGCAGUACUCUACAUGAUGAUACCCCCCUUUUUUAAAUUACUUAUCUGAUGUACUUUAAGUUAUAAUUAAUUAAAAUGAUUAGUUAAUUUCUAUUCAAAUUUAUAAUGUUGUAUAACAAUCAUAAAUCAAGACAUGUUCAUGUGAUUACGAGAGUAUAUUACACUAUAAGCCAAUCAUUCCAGGUAAUUAUGAGAAGAUUUUUUGUUAAAUAGCUAGUGAGCUAGUGACUGCACAAAUCGUUAACUACAUAGCCCUGAAGACUGGAUGUCAGAAUUUUUCAUCUAUAUUAACAGUUUUUAUUAAAUUAAAUAUCACAUUAGAGAUGACUACGCACAAAUAAAGUAAGUAUAACAUGUAAAUAUGACAGGCCAGGUGAAGAUGUAGUUUUAUUUUAUGGUUUGGUUUAACCUGCUUUGCUGGGCUGGUGCACUGGUGUAUCCAUUUUCUGGCUGAUUAGACCUCGUUAAAGGUUGAUGGUGGCGGGAGCUACAUCAGUCAAUCAUGGUCCUGAGAAGAGAUCUAAUUAGCCAAUGCAAGUGAAAACAUCGCGUGGGUGUACUAUUGGUGUGUAUUUCAUUCAUGGAGAGUUGCACAGUCAGUUUCCACACUUUUCUGUGGCUGACCAACUACUUUUUUUAAUAUUCCUGAUAUGAAGAAACCAAAACUUUGAAUCAUCCAAAGUACAGUAAGUUCAAGCAAACACUAAAUUGUUUGCCUCUACUUUUCUAUCCAAAUGUAAAACUAUGAUCAUAUGUAUAUUUUUAAUAAAAAAGUUUUAGCUGCCUGUCAUGUGAUGAAUAAAUUACCUGAAUAUA